AUGAUCUACGUAGUGCAACAAUAUGCGCCCAACUUGUACUUGAUCUACGUAGUGCCACAAUAUGCGCCCAACUUGUACAUGAUCUACGUAGUGCCACAAUAUGCGCCAAACUUGUACAUGAUCUACGUUGUGCCACAAUAUGCGCCCAACUUGUACAUGAUCUACGUAGUGCCACAAUAUGCGCCCAACUUGUACAUGAUCUACGUAGUGCCACAAUAUGCGCCCAACUUGUACAUGAUCUACGUAGUGCCACAAUAUGCGCCCAACUUGUACAUGAUCUACGUAGUGCCAAACUUGUACAUGAUCUACAUUGUGCCACAAUAUGCGCCCAACUUGUACAUGAUCUACGUAGUGCCACAAUAUGCGCCCAACUUGUACAUGAUCUACGUAGUGCCACAAUAUGCGCCCAACUUGUACUUGAUCUACGUAGUGCCACAAUAUGCGCCCAACUUGUACAUGAUCUACGUAGUGCCACAAUAUGCGCCCAACUUGUACAUGAUCUACGUAGUGCCACAAUAUGCGCCCAACUUGUACAUGAUCUACGUAGUGCCACAAUAUGCGCCCAACUUGUACAUGAUCUACGUAGUGCCACAAUAUGCGCCCAACUUGUACAUGAUCUACGUAGUGCCACAAUAUGCGCCCAACUUGUACAUGAUCUACGUAGUGCCACAAUAUGCGCCCAACUUGUACAUGAUCUACGUAGUGCCAAACUUGUACAUGAUCUACGUAGUGCCACAAUAUGCGCCCAACUUGUAA